CAUAAUUUCUCUACUCUCUACUAUAAUCAAUUUCACUAUCCAUACAAAUAUACUACUUACAUACGCGGAUAGACGAGGUACGAGAUACGAGUACGGACUGACAGUGCUGGUGCUGGUGCUGUUAGUAAGUACUGUAUGCGCAACUAUUGUGGCUUGUACUGUAGAGUGGAUUGUGGAUUGUACAGUAGAUCAUAUGGACCAGACCGGCCAGACCGACCAGACCGACCAGACCGACUUCAACUUCCUCCUCUCUGUAUCCUCCUCCCCCAACUACCUCCUUCCAUCAACAUAUACACACUUACACAUAUAUAUAUACAGAACCCUCACGCAGGACCUCACCGUCGCUACGACUCAUAUACAACACAAAACUACAAGCACGAGCGAACACAGAUACCCUAUACCAACAUAUAGCUGCGACAAAGUACCACCGGGGCUCAUGUCCCCUGUGGCUCCUCCUUCGCCGCCCGGUCCCCACUGAGACAUCAAAUCUCAUCUCAAAUCUCGCAACGCAAGCCUGACGACACAAGCCACAGACCCCCCCCAGUCAGCCCCGUCAGACCGUCAAGAGCCCGCCAUAACCCGCCGAACUGCCCCUAACAACGCCAAACACCGCGCCAAGAGUAGAAAAAGGGGAGCACAUGGCCUUAGGGUAGCAAUAGUACCUCCACUAUCCUUCCUCUUCCCUCCUCUCAUACCUCGAAUCCCUCCACAACGGCCCCAGUACAGCUGUACCCGCAAGUCUACUCCAGUACGAACGCUCCGUACUGUCCGAGUACUCCGUACUACUCCUGCACCUGCACCUCCCAUACCUCCUGGAUCCUGGCAUCUUUUUCCCCCCGAUCUGGUCCACAAGACCCGACCGAGGAUCUGCUCCCCCAUCUCCUCUCCCACCCCCCCCUUCCCUAUCCUAUCCUGGCCCUAGUCGAUCAUGGACGUCAACACAAAUCAAUUCAAGCUCGAGAGUCUCCCUUCAAUAUCUACCACGCCUGCGCCCUCUGCACGACCAACCAUCCCCUACGCCCAGUUCCCCCGUCCGACCCUCCACGAUCCGGACGCCAGCUUCGACGCCCCCGACCCCGAUCACUUCGACUACGACUACGACUACGACGACCACUCGGAUGCCAGCGCGGCCUCGAGCAGCACCCUUCGACGCGGCUCCUUCGCAGCCAUGGACUCCACAACCACCUCCCAGCACCGGCGGCGGCGGAGCACGCUCACCAGCCUGCAGCCCCCCAACGCGAGGGGCCAGCGGUCAACACGCAUACGGGAUGGGCUCACCGAGGAGCUGAGCUGGUCACAGGAGGAGGAGCCGUGGUCGCAGGACGAGUCCAAGUCAAAUAGCGACGAGGCGGGGGGUCAUGGGAAUAAUAGCUCGGACGACGACAACCAUCUGCAGGACGACGAGGAGACGGGGUUGACGGGGACGAGCCGGCGGCAGAAGCGGCGGCGGAGGAACACGUUGCUGGAUCAGCGCGUCGCCAAGGAGUCGGAGAUCACAAAAGAAGAGCGGAAAGAGGCAGACCAGACUGUGAUCAAGGACAUGGCCAUCAAUGGCCUAUUCAUCCUGUUAUGGUACAUCUUCUCCCUUUCCAUCUCCAUCUACAACAAGUGGAUGUUCUCGGGCGAGCACCUCAACUUCAAAUUCCCCCUCUUCACAACAUGCAUGCACAUGCUCGUGCAAUUCUCCCUCGCCUCCCUAGUCCUCUACCUCUUCCCGCGCUUCCGGCCUCGGGCGGACUCCCUCACGCACCCAGACUCCGUCUACACGCCCGAGGAGCAGCGUAGACGCGAUCUCGACACCGCGGAGCACAAGCCGCUCAUGACGAAUAUGUUCUACCUGACGCGGUUGGGGCCCUGCGGUCUCUCCACCGGCCUCGACAUUGGCCUCGGUAACAUGUCACUACAGUUUAUUUCCUUAACUUUUUACACAAUGUGUAAAUCCUCCGCCCUAGCAUUCGUCCUCAUCUUCGCCUUCCUCUUUCGCCUCGAGACACCCUCCGUAAAGCUCAUCGCCAUCAUCGCCACCAUGACCAUCGGCGUCGUCAUGAUGGUAGCGGGCGAGGUGGACUUCUCCCCCAUCGGCUUCACCCUCGUCAUCAGCGCGGCCUUCUUCUCCGGCUUCCGCUGGGCACUAACCCAGAUCCUCCUCCUCCGCAACCCUGCAACUUCUAACCCCUUCGCAUCCAUCUUCUACCUCGCCCCUAUAAUGUUCGUCUCCCUCCUCGCCAUCGCCAUCCCCGUCGAAGGCCCCAGCAACCUCUUCGCAGGCCUCAAGAUCCUCAUCGACAGCAAGGGCCCCAUCCUCGGCCCGACUAUCCUCCUCGCCCCCGGCGCAAUCGCAUUCUGCAUGACAGCGUCAGAAUUCGCGCUCCUCCAGCGCACAUCAGUAGUCACCCUCUCCAUCGCGGGUAUCUUCAAGGAAGUCGUCACCAUCCUCGCCGCGGGACGCGUAUUCUCCGAUAUCAUGACCCCCGUCAACCUCGGCGGGCUAGCCAUCACCAUCGCCGCCAUCGCGGGGUACAAUUACGUCAAGAUCAUGAAGAUGCGUCAGGAUGCGCUGGCUUCGACGCACCUUGCUAAUCUGGGUGUUGGAGGCCGCCAUGAGCCGCUCUCUGCGGAUGAUGAGGAUGAUGAUGGCGCGUAUGGGAUGGGUCAGCGCGAGGAGGGGAAGGCGCAGGAGAGUCAGGGGCUUCUUGCGCAGGGAUCGGGAGCGCACUGAUGCGCGUAUGGCGCGUAGCUGGGUUGGGUUGGGUUGAAAAAGAUGCGGUGCUGGGCGCUGCGGAAAUGGGGCAAAAGGGGGGGGUGUGUUUUUGUGUUGGCAUGUAUGUAUUGUAUAUUGGGAGUGAAACACUUGACUUGGGCAGAUGGGGCGUGCAUAGCGUGGAUGUAUGAUGGGUUUAGAUAAUAGAGAUGGGGCACCGGGAAUGGGUGUUGACGAGCUGAACUACUCUUUUUUUCCUUUUCUAUUAUAAAUGGAUACCUUACCUACCUUACACCGUAACUAUCUUACCUACUACUUACAUUGAUUUUGCUGAUGAUUUGGUGCGUGAUAUGUGGGGGGGGUAUAUGAUUGGGAAGGCGCGAGUGAGUUGGUGGUACUUGAUCGUUCUUUCCUCGUCUGUUAAAGUGUAUGUGAUUGGGGUUGUGUGGAAGGGAAGGUGCGAGUUGAGUGGCGGCCCUCGAUCGUUCUUUCCUCGUCUGUCUGUCUGUCUGUCUG